CCUCGGGCUGGGCCCAGCUGGAGGCCUUCAGCACAGCUCAGGCAAACUCUCCCCCAACAGCCAGGGCACUGAGGCCCCUGGGUGCUGGUUUCGGAUCAUGAAACGUCUGUUCACGGACCACAGGAGAGAGCAGUCAACGCCAGAUGGGACCACCCUCAGUUUUGCCAGCCCCGACUCCACCGAUGAAAGCCUGGAAGUGAGCUGGCCAGGGAACCUAAAGAAGGAGUCACCUCCGAGGCCGGGGCCUGCUUUUGCCUUCGAGGACGACCUCUUCUUCGCCUCCAGGGCCCGAGGGCUGCUGAGCUGGAGCAGCUCCCCGACCUCCGAGACCUCCUCCGAGUACCAGUCCUACUCCCAGUACCAGUCCUGCUUCGCCCGCGUGUGCGACCCCGAGGACGCCGCCCAGCAGAGCGUCUGCGCCUUGUACACCCACGUGCAGACCGUGCAGGGCGUGGCGGUGGCCUGGGAGACCGAGGCGGGCUUCGAGCCCAUCAGCAGAAAGCCCCGCAUCCGCGAAGUCGAGUUCGUCAAGCGGCAGAGGAAGAAAGGCUCCUCCUUCGAGAUGGCUUCCAACACCGACCUGCACUGGGACCUGGAAGCCUGCAAGAGCAACUGCUGCCCCGAGCCCGACGACACGGAGCUGCUGGGGCCGCUAGACUGCCGUCUCCAGGAGCUGCGGGCCACCCCGGACUGGCUGGUCACCACGAGCUACGGGCUGCGCUGCGUGGCCUGCUGCCGCAUCUUCCCCACGCUGCAAGCCCUGCUGGAGCACGCCCAGUACGGCAUCCAGCAGGGCUUCAGCUGCCAGAUCUUUUUCGAGGAGAUGCUGGAGAGAAGGCGGGCUCAGGGUCGAGUCCACGACCAACCUCUGGAGGAGGAGGAGAACCAUUCGGACAGCUGUGACUCAUCCAGGACCCAAAGCAAGGGGCUCGAGUCACAGCAGCAGCAGCAGCCCUGA